AUGGAUAACAAUAUAAUAGAGAAAAUUGAGGGCGACGAAAAACAGCCAGAAGCAACGGCAACUGAUGGCUCCGAACAGAACAAAGAACCUAUAGUCAAUAAACAACAAGCUUCUAAUGUUACUCAGCAAAAGGAAGCAAAAUCGACCGGAAAUAUUUUGCAGGCAACCAUUCAAAAAAUGUUUAAUCUUGAUCCUUCGGACAAGUCGAGAUCCGCUAAAGGUUCAAAGGACCAGUCUGCUUCGUGUUCCGAAAAUGAAGACGAACGUUUAGAUCGAGCCGACAUCAAGCGAAUUCCUGAGAAUCGUCAAUCGCAAGUUUAUGGUGCUCGAACCGCACAGAAUCGAUUAUCAAAUAAUCCAAAUGCACCAAAACCACGUUUUCAAAGAAACCAAAAUGGUUCGCACGUUCAUUAUUUGCAACCUUGUAAGAAACUUCAUCGCAUGCACAAUAUUUUGAAAGGAGUGGGCAUUCCGGCCGAAAAAUCGUUACAAGAGUAUAAUAAUACAAAUGUUGCAAACGAGAAACCGCAAAUGAAACAUUCACACUCCGAAGUUUCAUUGUCAGAAAAAUAUGGUAAACCACAGGAAAUUAUUGGAAAAGGUGCAUUUGGUGUUGUCCGUAUUGCUCACAAAACGGAGCCUAAAGUACCUGGCGAAAAACUCUUUGCUGUCAAGGAAUUCAAGAGGCGUAGCAAUGAACCUCCCAAAAAGUAUAUUAAACGUCUAACAUCUGAAUUCUGUAUUUCCUCUUCUCUUCAUCACAUAAAUGUGAUCGACACAAUCGACUUGCUUCAAGACACCCAGGGAAAUUACUGUGAGGUGAUGGAAUAUUGUGCUGGUGGCGAUCUUUAUUCUUUAAUUGCUUCUCAUGAGAAAUUGGAACAAGAGGAGGCUGAUUGCUUUUUCGGGCAGUUGAUUAAUGGUGUUAAAUAUUUGCAUGAUAGUGGUGUUGCGCAUCGUGACCUUAAACCCGAGAACCUUCUUCUUACCUUAAGUGGAUGCCUCAAAAUUACUGACUUUGGAAAUGGAGAAUGUUUUCGCAUGGCAUGGGAAACAAAGGCUCAUAUGUCACGUGGAGUAUGUGGAAGCGAACCAUACAUCGCGCCAGAAGAGUUUACUCAAGAUUGGUUUGAUCCAAGACUUGUUGACAUAUGGGCUUGUGGUAUCAUUUAUAUGGGAAUGAUUACAGGAAGACAUCUUUGGCGCGUUGCCAAGGAGAAUGAGGAUAACAAUUUUAAGGUCUACAUUGAAGCAAGGGCUCAUGGUGAAUAUUUAGCUCCUUUCCAGAAAUUAACAAAUGGUCGUCGUCGUGUGAUGACAAAUAUAAUAGAGCCCAAUCCUAAGAAACGCAUCACAACGGAACAGAUUAUCGAAGAUCAAUGGUUUUCCAGAAUUAAUAUUUGCUAUAAAUCUCCAACUUUGAAUCAUAAUCUAUCCAAGAAUAUGUCUUGUGGUGCGAACUGUAAUCAGAAUCAGCGAACUAUGAGAAAAACUACUAUUGCAAACGUGGUAUAA